CCACACGCGCGUGCCUUCAGCUUCUUUUUGCGUUGUUUCUCGUCUUCGGCGCUCUGGUACUGCAUUCGACAGCUCAACUCACCGUACUCAAGUGAUACAUACCCUUGCACAUCCUUCGACGAUAUCUCCGCAAUAUCUUGCCCGCGAUUGCACGCGUCUCAAAUCAUUUGCGACAUUCGGUCCCGCUUCACGACCGCCAUCAUUCCACCCGUUUUCGACGCGCUUUAUGCCCUCGAACAAACCAGUUCUACGCUCAUAGUUCUGCCCCGCUGCGACUAUAUGCAAACUGCUCACCGUCUCAAUCUUCCACCGAUCUGAACCACGGCCACUUUGUCGUCGGUUCGAUGGACGCGACGGACUGCCCGGCCGCUGCUGGCGGGCUGCCGCUCGCGAAUAUAUCCCCUUUACCCACAUUCUUCAUUCGGUUCUUUCCUGCCACUGGACACCAAACCACCACUCAGAUUCCAACCGGCGCGCCGCUUUCGCAAACCAUCCGCUGGACGUCCUGCCUUGCCCUCAGAGAUGCGCUCUAUCGUGCUCCCGCAUGGACUCGCGUGCCCGCCGAAUCUCGUAUUCCUGCCAAGCCCUUCACCAUCAUGAAGAAGAUUGGCAUGCCAACGCGAUACAUCGCGACGACUCGACCUGCACAGCUCCUCACAGGACAACAACCUCUAAUCCAGGAUGCGAAGCUCGAACUGCCCUCUGCGAAGCGUCGGCGCCUGAAUCAAUACACACCUUCUGCCAACGAAAUGGAGAUUCACGCCUCGCCUCAGUCUACGGCUGAAAUAAUCAAUGCUUUUAUGCAAGCCAAAGUGGAUCUCGCUAACCAUAUGCUCGCCCUGGACCCCGAGAUUCUCCUUCAAGACAUUGAGCAGCUCAAGAAGCGUGCCACCACCUCUACCCCAGCAAAGCGACACAUUGACCGCAACUAUCAUAUCGAACAACACGGCCUCGUUGGUGGUUAUCGGCUUCGUGGCUACGACCAAGUUUGGCAUAUUGUCCUGCACACCAUUCAGUCUGACACCCGCCAUGUCAACCUCAAAGCGGCUGCGAUUGCAGAGGUCUCGGCAAACCUCCAGGAGCUGCGCCGGAACCCGCGCAAGCUCAUCGCCUACCAUGGUAUUCCCGAGCUGUCCGACAUCGCGGACGUCACAGAGCCUGAGAGCUCUUUGGCUCUCAUGAGGCCCCCCGAGCAGCCCGCCGACGCAAAGUCUCCCACGAAGCGGGAGCCUCAGCCUUCGAGCCCCAUAAAGGCUCGAAGGCUGAGCGACACCAUAGUGCCUCUGCCGCCGGCGUCAAGCCCGAGAACAGAGCCCUCGCCGACCAAGUCGGCUUCACCCCCGUCGACACCAUUUGUCGACACCCCGGUGCCGCGGAAAAUCGUGGCGACCUCGCCUUCCCUGAAGGCGACAGCGGCUACCGCCGCUGUAACAGGGUCGCCACGCCGCGAGGAAUCCCCCACCAAAGGGGAGAAAGACACGAGCCCGUCGGUGUUCGCGUUCCCAUCGCCGCCAGACCGGCCAGUGGCCCCAACGCCCUCUCGUUGGAACCGACAGGAUCCCUCGACACCCCAAACGGGGUUGUCUGAGCGCCGAGAGUCGGGUUUGGGCUUGGUGGACUCGAUUCCACCAACCCCGGCCCUUCCCUCGGCGCUCAGGGGGAUCAACGCCGGCGAGGGCGAGGUGUUCAACUUCGGUUGCACCUCGUCCUCGUUCACCGCGCUGCCCACAUCGGGUAGCCUGGCCGCCUCAGGCGGCUCACGGCGUGGCGGCGGUUCCAGCAAGAGGGGCCACCGGAAGAGCGAGCCGCUGCUCCGCAGCCUCCAGCGGAGCUGGACGGGUGGGCGCCCGUCUCUGUCGCCCACGAAGCUGUCGUCUGACGCGGCUUCGCCUGGUGCCGACACCGCUGGAGGCAGCCGGCGCGGGGGUGUGCACACUCCCGACAUGGCCAACACGCCGGACAUGAGCAGCAGCAGCGUCGAAACUCCGGCGCUCUCUUGGGGCAAGUUGACUGGCCGACCUCCUGCUCCUAUUCGAGAGACGCCCAAGAUGUCCCGCGGCGUCUUCAAUGUCGACGCUCGUCAGAACCUUGACAUCUUCAGGGAAGUCCAACGCGGGGGUGACGCGGCAUCGGCGGUCGAUUAUUUGGCCAAGAUGGCCGAGGAGAAGUGCGGUGGCCAGGCAAAGGUCAUGAUCGAACAGGCGAUGGGCAAACUAUUCGUGCGGUUUAAGCUACCUCUCGAAUACGCGUCGAAGUUCGCCGACACCCAGAGACAUGACGAAAGUCGCUUUACCGUCACGCCGUCGGCGAUAUCCUCCUCACCUCGUGUGAGGUUUCCCGCUCCUCAGAUGAUCUCGCAAAGCGCAGUGUCGCCGGCAACCCCUUUCUGGCAUCCAGCAUCUAUUCACGAUGCAAGCAAACAACGCAUGGCGACUGUCGAUCCCGAUUUCGCGGGGCAGGACCAGACUUUGGCUGUUGCAGCCUUUGAGUCCCCGACAGACGUUCCUGCGGACACCCCUCCCGACGUGACGUCGUUGAAUCUUCAUUCAGCCAAUACUACCCAACUCUUGCAAACUCCCACGAUGACCGGAAUUGCGUUUGCUUCCAGUCCCGGUGCUGCUACGCAAACGCCUGGUCUAUUCCCUGCUCUACAGAGCCCCGCCUUGCAUUCCAACCCCGACGCACCCAAGAGUUCCGAUGCGCUUGCAUCGGACUCAGCUGUCGCGGAGACGACACAAGUCACAGCCGCUAUUCAAAACACCUCUACAUUCACGCCACUUGACAGCUCUGGACAGCGCUCGGCGAAGACCAAGGCCUCCAUGCCGACUGCAGGGCAAGAUCAAAGCCAGGAGAGUCAGCAAACGAAGCGUGUCGAAUUUGACAGCCCCGGGAGGGAUUACAUGCGAGACUUUAUUAUGCGUGCGAAGCCUAAGCGGCUCUCCACGACAGAGACGGGAUCUCCCAUUGCGCCGCCAUCGAAGCGACAACCCUUGGUGGCUAAGAGCCCCAACACGGAGAGUCCGCAAAAGGCCAAACGUAAGGCUGACGAAGACGAGUUGGCUCAAGAUCCGACUCCACUUAAGAAGGGAGCUGGGCGCCUCUCCAAGCGAACGCGCCGUCACAAAGAAUUUGAAUCUGAUGCCGAUACCGAUCGUCUCAUGGACGGAACCGACACGUUGGCCAAACUUGAAGUAAAUGACAAGACCGCCAACCGACUCGCUGAGGGCGCCGAUGGCGAGCAGGACGCGGCGGAGAUAGAGGAAGCACCGGUGGCAAGACGAUCAUCCCGAUUGCGCAGUCAGAAACAACCAGCCAGUGCGCCCAAGUCAUCGAUCCCAACGGCUAUUAAACUUGGAGCGCGCUCAGGCGCCGGUCGUGGUGCUGGUGUGAAGCGAACCCAGACAGACGUAUCGUCGCAGACUCGAGAGAACACGCGCAAGAAUAAGGGAAAUGCAGAACAUCCCUCUGAGGUGCUGGCGAGACAAUCGUCUGAGUCUGACGAGACGGAGGUGGCCGCGGCAGACACGUCCAACAAGAAGAAGCCCUCUAAGAAAGGCACGAAUGUUGGCUGGAAGGAGCCUUUGGUCGCCCACAAAGAGGAGAAGACAGAGAAGCCCAAAAGAGGCAGAACUUCCAAAGCUAAGGCCACUAUUGGAAAUACAGGCAUCGCGAAGCCGGCGGCAUCAACUAAAUCCUCUGCGACUGCGACAAAGCAGCGAAGUGCCAAGGUGGCGGCGAAGAUGGGAAUGUCGGGAAAUGGCACGCCCGCUCGACCCGCACGCAUUACGAGAUCAUCGGCACGAAACCAGCAGUGAGCCGAGCUGCCCAAUGUGCCUGCAACGAAGGACAUGAUUAGCAUUGUUUUGGGAGUUGGGUGGUUGGAUUUGCCGUAACGCGUUUCGCCCAGUUCAAGGCGCACGAAAUGGGUUGUAGGGGCAAUUUGCCUUGGUUUUAGGCGACACGGCGUUAUCAGGAUGUUGUUGAGAUACCACUGGAGCGUGUUUGAGUUUUUGGUUUGACAUUGUACAAGGCACAAGAGGAUCAGGUUACAUACGGGGCCCAAGAUUGAGUCGCGCCAUCACAGCGACAAUGGGCCUGGCUGAAGGGGGCUGGUCUGGGGCACGAUUUCAGGUUGUCCUAGUUUUGCCGAGAGAGUAGGAAGGGCAGGCAGAUCCAGGUCACGAUGCUGAUGGAAAUUCCCGGAUUGGCAUAUUCGGUUGAGGUCGU